CACUGCAAAGCAUUGCACGAUGUUUGUUGAGCACCACUCUCUUUUGGGACAAGGAGAAAGCCAGUAGCGGGACCUUAAACUUGGCUGUGGAGAAAGACAAGGACAGUGCAUUGUUCCUGGAAGCGGAAAAGGAUUAGGCAGCAAUGCUGGAGAGUCACUUGGAGUAAAAACCUUGAAGGAAUCAACCUCCAGAAACAUGACCUCGGGACUGUAUCCCAGCCCUCUUCUGUUGCUGCUCUGUCUCCUCCACGUCUCUGGGGAGACCUGUCCAUCAGUGUGCCUUUGUAUAUCUGACACAGUGAGCUGUAGCUCCAGUGGUCUGGCCAAACUACCUCAGUCGCUGCCCUCUUUCUCCAUCACCCUGGAUCUCAGCCACAACCAUCUGUCUUGGCUUGGUCCAGGCAGCUUCAGCAUCAUGCCCAAACUGGAGAACCUCAGAAUGGCUCACAAUCAGCUCAGUGUCCUGGGCCAUGGGGUGUUUCAAAACGCCUCUGGUCUCAGGCACCUUGACCUGUCCUCCAACAGACUGCAUGUGGUGGAGCAGCACUAUUUCCAGGGGCUGUGGAGGCUGGAGGAGCUUCUUCUCUUCAAUAAUAAGAUCACUCAAGUGGAGGCGAGCACACUGAGUGGCCUGAGCAGCUUAAAAAAGGCCUACUUCAGCUUAAACAAGAUCACGCACUUUCCAUUCUUCUCUAUCCAAGACCACAGUCAUCCUUUCCUGACCAUGCUGGACCUCUCGUCCAACCGAAUGAGUAAUCUGCCAUGGGAGGAUGUGAAAGCCUUGCCCAGGCUGGUGCAGCGGGGACUGUAUCUCCACAACAACACUCUGAUCUGUGACUGCUCUAUGUACAGUGUGUUCUGGCACUGGGAUCUGCGGGGUUAUGACUCUAUGACAAACUUUGCAGAGGAGCACACCUGCUCCAUUUACGGGGACCAACGAGCUUCAAUCCGGUUCUUGCAAUAUAACCGCUUCUUCCACAACUGUACUGUGGAAAAAGCAGUCUCUCAGCCUGUGACCGUUCUCCUCUCCAGUGUUUUAGUCACAGAUGGAGACAAAGUACGUCUGGACUGCCAAACAUCCCUGAGUAAAGACAGUGCAGAGCUCUCAUUUACAUGGCUCUCCCCCAGUAAGGGGUAUAUCACUAAGACAAGCAUAAAUGACACACUAAUUAGCCUGUUUCCUAAUGGUACCUUGGAGAUCCAAGCAGCCAAGGUCAAUGACUCAGGUCAGUACGUUUGCACAGCUGUGAAUAUUAAACACUCGCUGAAUGCGACCCGUGAAGUCAAUGUGACGGUGCUGCAACCUGUGGGAGAGUCAUUCAACACCGGCUACACAACACUGCUUGGCUGCGUGGUGACCAUGGUCUUCAUCCUCAUGUACCUCUACCUGACGCCAUGUCGCUGCAACUGCUGCAAGCAGCCCAAAUGUCUAGCUGUCCCCGUUGCGACCUAUGACCAGAACACCCUAAAAUCAGCUGUCUCCCCGUCCAUAGGAGACCAUCGCAAACUCCAAACUAAUAAGCAUGUUGCAUUCAUGGAGCCCAUGAUAAGUGAAGAAGGAACAGAAUGGACACCAGAAAGCUGAAGGCUUGAAGGUGGAAAGAGAAGACAGCAUUAAGCUGUUGUAGCACCAUCUUAGGCUACAUCCAUACCACUCUGUUCUCAUUUAAAAAACGCUGCUUGCUGUAUUUUUGUUAAAAACUCCAGGGGGACCAUUUUCAACUGGAUGGGCAGAAACUGAGACCUUUGGAAACUACGCAGAGUCAACUGCAUUCACAUCCUGAUUGGUUCUUAUCAGCCCCAACUCAACUAUCGGCUGAGAGUGAAAAGCUCCGUGAACACACACACACUGUCAGUUUCAGUUUCACCUUGUUGUUGUGCUCAUGAAAGAAAACUCUUCCCUGUUUUGUUUUUUUUACCCAUGUUAUUUCUCAUCAAAUCUACUUCCUGUUUACACUGGUGGUCACUUUGCAGCUUUUGCACCUGAAAUUGUGGUCUGGAAGCAGAUCAUUUUUGUCUGAAAUCUUUGUUUUGAAACGUAUACAGCUUUAGACUAUAGGAUGAACUGAGAUACUGCAUCUAUCUAGGUUUGAGGAGCAGUUUACACUGAUACACAAGGGGAGUUGCAGUUAAAUUAAACAGUUUCAUUGCUUUGCCUCAAUUCAACUGAACACUCACAGUUCUGCCAAAAUAGAUUGAUAUGAAACAAUAUUAUUGCUCCUAAAAAAAUAAAUGUUGAUUUACCCCUAUUGCAGAACCUUGAUUUCGAUGCCAAAAAGUAUGCGGGACCUAAAAGUUGAGUUUUGUGUUCUUGUUAGUACUAAUGUCAUAUGUCAGUGGUUGUUCUGUUUUCUUAAUCCACUGCAUGAAUUGUGAUGCCAUUAAUGAUAAAAACAACAAGGACCUCAUGUUGUGGUGGUUACAUCAGUCCCUUUUUCGACACAAUAUCAAGGGCUGUGGCAAGUUGUAAAAAGUAAGGAUCACUACAAAACGUUCAAGGCUGGAUGAAGACAAAAAAAAAUUGACUCUUCACUCCAGUGUUGCGUUCCAACAAAAGCCAAUAUAAACCUGUAACCAGAGAGUGACGUUUGAUUAAUCACAUUCCCACAAUCAUAACGUGUAAAGGAUCUCCAUUCAAGUGAAAUUGAUUCAAAUUUUAUUUCUUUUUUUCAAGACAGCAUAUUCAAUUACAGAGGCAAGUAAUAAAAUUGUCAACUGACCAACUUUUCUACACCUCCUCUGCUGAAUGUAUCAAGGCAAACAGCUUAUUGUACCAAGAUAGACGUUGGCUUCCCUGUUCCUCCCAUAGGUUAAAGCUGAGGGGCAAAAAAAAAAAAAAAAAGCAAUAUCUCCAAUUCUGCUCUUUCUUGUCAUCUGGCUUUGUGGCUGAAAUGAGAGUUUCAACUUUUUAUUACCCUCAGUGUACUGACACUGAGGUUGUAAAUCAGGGGAGAGCCAUUAUCAGUUCUAAAAUCAGCUAAUAACUUCUCUGUGUGCUCAGGUAAUGAUGGAGGGAGAUGGAGGGCUGUAUUCCUCACAGGACGAGAAAAUGAAUCUGGCUCAUUUUUCACAGAAAUUGUUUAACAGGGAUUAAAAAUCCCCACAAAAACUUCAAGUUUAUGACUGCAAUGGACCAAAAGAAGUCUAUUUAUCUUGGAUGUCUUAAGGUUGCUCCUUAAUUGGCUGUACUGUAUCAGCUGAAGAUAACGAAAUAUCUCCUAUAAUGUGGAGUUUCAACAUGAAACUGCUUUUUCAACUCCCGGAAACUUUUGCUCCCUUAUUUCCCAAUAAAGGUAUUCAGUCCCUCUAAA